AUGGAUCCAAACAGCAAAUUCCAACGAAAAAUCGAUGCAAUACUUUGUCCGAAAGAUGAUGAAGGGAAUUACACAAGGAACAGCAAUAUGUGUCAUUUCACACAUAUGACAUGGCAUAAAAUAAGUGAAUAUGUAGACAAAGCUAAGGGUGGUACUGGUGAAUACGAUCGAAAACGAUAUGAAGCACAUAAAAGUUUUUACAGUGAUGAUUUAACAAGAAAUGCUCAACUGACAGACAACCAAUGGUAUUAUAUAGCUUAUGUAAUUGCUUCUCCUUCACUUCUACAAUCUCUUUAUAUUAAUGAUAUUUUAGAUAAAAAUUCAACAUCGAAUUAUCGAUACUACAGCAUUCCUAUUGGAUAUGUUAUAGGAGUCAUACCUUUAUUCACAUGGUCUACGUUUCUUAAUGAUUACAUUGAUAAAUUAACAUUUGUAUCACGAAAUAAAAAUAAGAGUGAGUUACUUGAUAAAGUUACUCUUGUCACUCAUUAUUCAUUCGAUGAUUUAUAUUUUGAUUCUGGUCCGAAUCAAAUCAUAAAUUCGACCGGCAUUUCAACCAGUUUUUAUGCUAAUGGUCGAUUAAAUCAAAUCUUAUUAAUCAAUUCAACUCCAUCUUAUUUUCAAACAACAGAUUUCUAUUUUCUUGGUCAAACAAAUUGUUCAUUUAUCACUAAUAGUACUAUUCUUCCAGUCAGAUUUCGUUAA